AAUUAUGUCAUUUUUUGGAAAAGUGUUUCUUCUAACAGCAUUAGCUGGAUACGGUUACCUUCUCUUAAGUGAUCCAAUCUUAGGAAAACAAUUUGAAACAAAAUAUACUAAUUUCUAAUAAUCACCAUUAGUCAAACAAGUAUAGAAAAUAUUAAUUAUUUAUUCAAGUACAUCCCAGCUGAUGCUUUUAAAUAUGUUCCAACCAUUUUAGCUAAAUAAAUAAUUGGAGGUCUAUUAUCAAGUUCUGUCUUAUUAUUUAUAUGUGGAAGGUAUUAAUCAUAAUUUAAUUUUUAGUUUUGUAAUUUUCCCUAUAUUUGGUUUGUUAUUACAAAUUGCCAUUCUAAGCAAUCCAUUAUUUAAUGAUGAUCUUCAAACAAAAGUUGAAUGCUGUAAGAUUGCUGCUUUGAUCGGAGGCUUAUUAAUCUGGGCUUCAUCCAAUUGUUGUAAAUCAAAGGCCACAGCAACUAAAGCAAAAGCAGAUUGAAAAACAUAUAAUUAUGAUAUAUA